AUGUCAUUCAAUGCUACUAAUGUCGUUGGUGGAACGAAGCAACUAAGUGACGGGAAUCACAUUCCAAUGAUUGGUUACUGCUUUACCUAUCGACUUAACUUCGUGGCCUUUGAGGAAAGUAUCGACUCUUCUGUUCACGCAGCACUUAAAGCUGGCUACCGCCUAUUUGAUACGGCUGAGUUGUAUGCGAAUGAGGCAGAACUAGGAAAUGCUCUAGAGAAAAGUUUGCCCAAACUUGGACUCAAACGAGAGGAUAUCUUUAUAACAACAAAAGUGCAGACCAAAGAUGGAGAUGCAACAAAUUGGGCAGAAGAAAGUGUCAAAGGAUCUCUCAAAAAGCUGAAAACCGACUAUUUGGAUAUGGUGUUGGUACAUUUCCCCAGAGAUAGGUAUACCGGGAAAGACGAAGCUUAUGAACUGAAUAAGAAAGGAAGAAAAGAGGUGUGGCAGAAGCUGGAAGAGCUGAAAGACCGUGGCGUUAUCAGAUCCAUAGGAGUGUCAAAUUACGAAGUUUAUCACUUAGUAGAACUUUUCGAGUAUGCAAAAGUAUAUGGAAUCAAUUACAGUAUUAAGGCGUUCUCCUCCUUAAUGUGGGGGAAUAAAGAGGUUCAACAAGAGGAAAUUAUUAAAGAAAUGUGCAAAAAGUUCGAUGUUAGCCCACAGGUUAGUAUUUAUGAAUUUUCUUUUUUUCCUAAUAUGUAUUCCUUUUUUUUUUCAUUGUUCGAGAAUCAUUCGGCCAUGCGCAAGUAAAG